AUGGCAACUCACGUCGUCACCACCACCAAGACCUCUCCCACCACUUCCGCCCACCAGAUUUCCUUAUACGGUCAUGCGUCUCCUGUGAACUCGACCAAUACUACUGCUAAUAGCUCUCCUACCUCGCCUCAGCAGCAGUACCUACCACUUCAAACGCGGCAGCUGCGCCCACCCAAGGCUCCCCUCUAUGUUCCUGCAGCUCUGCGCCCAACCGAGCGCCCUCAGAAACCGUCUCUCCCGACUCCUCCUCGCAGCGUUCAUGGUUCCCUUGAUAGCCUGAACGAUUGCGAAAUCCAAGAGUCCCUUAGUCGUCGUUCUACCAUGGAGAGUGUUAGUAGUGGAAGCAUUAGCAAGAAGGCGGAGGAUGAAUGGAUGAAGAAUGAACACCUCGGUGAGGUCACUGGCCUUCCCACUAGAGAUCACUGGAAGGCCGACUCUGCAUCCCCCAACUGUGACUCUCCCACAUGCCGUUCUUCCUUCGGACUCUUCCUAAGACGUCACCACUGUCGCCAUUGUGGUCAUGUGUUUUGCUCUUCCCACACUCCCUAUUCUGUACCCUUGGACCAAGAUGCGCGCUUCCAUCCCGAAGGGGUCCAAUCCCGUGCUUGCGACCUUUGUUGGAUCGCCUACCAGCGCUGGGAGGAGUCUCGUACUGAGCGUCUGUCCAAGAUUCAGAGCCAGCUCAACUCUCAACCCCUACAGCCCAUCGAGAAUCCUACGGAAGAGACUCGGGUAGAGGUAGUCGAUCUCUUGCAGGAUAGUGACUCCAAGAAGGCACUCGCUGCGGUCCAUAGCCAAACCGGCGAUAUCGCUGCCAGCAUUCCCCGCGGGUGGAACUGGAGCACAUUUUAA